CACACCAGUUCAUCGCAUCCACUUCCCUGCCGGAGUAAACCUGAUUAAAUGAGCUGGAAUCACAUUUUCUGCUCAUUCUUUCCUCCCCGUCUCUUUUUCUCGGAGCUGUCCUCGUAAACACCACAGAGUUACUUAUUGUUUUAUGCUUUAACCUCUCACCUCCAUAAUUACCUCAUUAAUGUCGUCCUUUGUAUCACUCCCUCUCCUCUGUGUCCAUUUAAUAAAAAUAAUAAAGCAUAAUGAGCAUUUAAAUCUCUUUCCUACAGUCUGCUGCCCUCCUCUACAUCGUUCUCUCUCCCCUCUCUUACUCUACCAGACUACAUGUCUCAGUCACUACGGCAACCGAUGCUUUUUUUCUUCUUCCUCACUUGCUUUCUGUAUCUCCCCCCCUCUCGUCUCCCUCUCUCUCAUUCCCUCUCUCCGCUGCCAGAGGUAAGCAUGAUAACUGAUAUGUGUCUGAGUGCUUGUGUCCGACUCCCGGCGUGCCUGCGCUGUCUCCCGGUGACAUUUCUUUGGCAUUUCGGGGAAGAAAGUUCCCCGUUUCUGCCCAAAGUGCCGUACUGAGUCCUGGCUCCGUGCAUGACGCUGGAAAUGAUGAUUAAUGUGCUGCGCUCAGGUGUAACUGUGUGAAAGGGACAGCAGACCUGACAAGAUGAUCGGAGAAGAAGAGUCUCUGUGAACACAGCGAAGCGAUGGAGAGAUGCUCCAUCUCUCCUGUCGCACGACUCGCUGCCCUCAUCUUCCUGCUCCUGGCCGCCCUGCUCUCACAGCCCUCCACCUGUAACGGCGAAGAGGACGAGAAGCCGGCGAACUCCCCGUCUUCACAGCUGUCCGUCAACUCCCAGGUGACGCCCACCCCGCUGUGGGCGGUGGUGUGGGGGCCCACGCAGCCUCUGGAGGAGGAUGCCACCUACCACUUGCUGUCCAGCCAGGAAACCGACCACCUGCACCUGCAGGAGGUCAGCAGCGCCACGCCGGGGGAUUGGGUCUACCUCGAUUCAACCGUGCAGCCCCAGGAGAAAGCACACUUGGGGUCCAGGAACAAGGAGGGAGAGGAGGAUGGAGGGACGGAGGCAGAGGAGGCGAAACCCGAGGAAGUGGACCCUCAGUUCUACGUCACCGUGACCAUCUCCUCGCUGCUCAUCCUGACAGCCGUCAUCAUCACAGCCAAACUCUGUUACGAUCGCAGCUGUUCCCAGCAUCCGCCCCCGCUUUCCCGUGGCGUGGCCCCCCCCCUGUCCCUCGCGCUCCCCCGUUCCCUUGCUUCGGAGGACAGCAGGCAGACGCUGCACAGCACCACCUCCUCCUUCACCGACAGGGAGAGGAUUCCAGUUGUGAACCUGUGACUGUUUUCUGUCCAUAUGAUAAACAUUUCUGCUGGACCAGGACCGGGGGACAAACCCGCAGCUGUUUUAUUUUCCUCUCCGACUGUGAAAGAAAUUCAGGGAACCCAGGUAUCCAGCCAUCGCGAAAUCUCCCCGGCUUCCCUGAGGUCUGAGAAGAAUCCGACUCGCUCCCUUCCUCCUGCUCGGUGUGAAAAUUUCUCUUGGUGUGCAUCACUGUGUCCCUGUUUUUCCACUGUUUGUACGGCCCCCCGAGCGCCGCCGAGCUACCCGGCGGCUCUGCGCCUCCGCCUGGCGUGACUAAUUCACCAACAAGCAGUUUAACAGCCAUGCAGCAUCCUGUUACCCCGCCCCCCUCUGAGACGGCCCUACCUGUGCUUCCUCAGCUGCUCGCUAUCAACGCCAAUCCAGCAGACUCCUCUUGUCGUUUCCAGUCCUCUUCAGCAGUAAAUGGUAAAAAAUAAAAAAGGCCGUUCUCAGCGUCUCCAGGAGUAUUUCACAAAGCCGUUUGGCGAGGCUGUAGCCAACAGGCAAUGUGUUUACCAUGUCACGCUCCAAAAACUGAUGUUUAUUCCCCCGCUUUGGGUGCCUGAAAUGCAAAUAGUGGGGGAUCCUCUUCUCUGCAGAUGUAGCCGAGCGUUUUGCUGUUGGGUGUUUUUUCUUUAUUUUCCUCAUGAUUUGUUCUCUUAAUUAUCUGGCUGAAGUUCGCCCCUUUGUCAAGCCUUCCUGCUGGACUGUUGUAAAUGUGUUAUUAAACAACGCACUUCCAGUGGCGGAGAUAAGAUAUUCAGAACAUGAAUGGACAUCUAUUUUCCCUCCCCUCCUGAGGUUGGACGGUGCCUAACAAAGGACAGAUUUAUGUUUUAAUGCAAACGAGUGGGCGAACUGCAGCUGGGGAUCUUCAGACUAAUCUUGGUGUUUGGUUUUCUUCCCUUUCUUUCCUUGUUCCUGGGAGCUUUUUAUCUCAAUCUGGACAGCAAAACCUCCGUCAUCAGCCAUUUUGAGGAAAAUAGCACAAACAGAAAAGAAGGAUCACCAAUGAAUCUGCAUGUAAACACUAAGAAAACGUGAAAAUUGUUUAUUGGAGAGCUUCCAAAGACAGAUUUCAGUUUCUGUUAAAGGGGACCUAUUAUGCAAAAUUCAAAUUUUUUAUACUUCCAUCUGCGUCUCUGGUGCUUCUACAAAAAAAGCCCAAACACACACAAAAAAACACACACCCAGAUGAUUUCUGGCAACAAGUUAAUGUUUUUUGGUGUCUAGAAAAUGAGCUAUUUUGAAAACAGCAGGCACAGCAUGUUACCUAGCAACCCCAGCCAAGCCCAGACCCGUUACCUAGCAACCCAAGUGGAGUUCCAACACCUUUUGUCAGCUGAUUUUACUACUACUACUGGAAAAGACAAGUGCUUUGUUGUUGACUUACCAUCCAGAAACCACUUGCUACAUUCUCGUUGACUGGGCUGGAGGCUCCACUUAUGCUUUUCAAAGAUGUGUAACCUGUUUUCAGCCAUUUUCACCUGGGGGGCGUGACAAGGAGCAGCUCAUUUGUAUUUAAAGUGACAGGAGCCCCUAAAUUAAACAUCUCAAGGCAGAACUGAGCAGACUAAAAUCUCUAUCUAAAAAUGGCUAAAAAUGUAAUGAACAUGUUUUGUAUCGUCCAUAAACCAACCCCAACCUGCUCAAGGAAGCAUAAUAGGUCACCUUUAACCUUUCUUAAGCAGCUCUGACGUGAAUCCAGUCAAACCAUUUCCUACAGAUGUCGUACUGGUGGUUUCAUGGUAGCUCGUGCAACACUUCAGAUAUCCAGUAUUGUGGUCGUUCGUAGCAUUCCCGUAUGAAUUUGGUCUUUCUGUUCCAUGUAACUUGAAUAAAGACUCAACACUGGCAUUUUAGCUCCGAGUCUGUUUAUUUCUGUGCAUGCUGAACGAAUUCCCCAGGGAGCUGCACAAUCCUCCAUGCUUUAUGGGGGGGAUAAAGCUUACAUUGUGCAUUUUAAUAGAUACACGUGUAUCCUAAUCUGUCUCUCUGAAGUGCGAGCAUUUAGUCCGGCGCUUUGCAUCGAUUUUUUAAACCUUUAGUCUCGGCAUUAAAAAGUCCUGCAUGUGCCAAUCAUGUUUGCAGCCACUGAAAGGGAGAGGAGAAUAAUGCGACUCCUUAUCUCCUCACCUCAUAUGGAUUCCUCUCGCUUUAGCAAGAUUAACAGGGUGCUAAGCAGGAAUUUCCUCUGUGUAUAGUUUUUCAAACUAAUGUCAAUAAAAUCAGGGCGGGAACAGGAAGAGGAAUGCCAUCGACUGUUCUGAGAUUCUCCACCAGUCCUGCUGGUGCAGCUAGUCUUUACAUCUCCUCAGGGCAAUUCACUGAUCAAUCGGCAAAAUAAUGGAUCGCCCGGCUUCCUCUGGGGAGAUUUAAUGCAUAAAGUAUUCACCCCCCAGGAACGUCUCACGAUUACAGACUUAAGAGCAUUUUCUUCAUCGGUUUUUAUGAGACAGACCAACGCAGUGGAGAGCACAGUGAUGGCAGCAUCAUGCUGUGAGGAUGAGAAAUAAUAAAAA